UACUGCGCCAACCCCUCAGGGGCUCCUGCAGUGAUCCGCUGGAAAAUAUCCCUCUUGGUAUGCAAUCCCGGCCAGAGAUCUUUUGGAGACGUUAUACCAAGGCAUUGCUGACAAUAACACGGCUAUAUAGGGUUUCGGUAGAGUGUGGUGUUUUUGUGGACCUGUCUCGAGACCAAUUGUGUAAGAUUCCGUUACGGUUGCACAGCUCUCAACUCUCACACAAAAUAGACACUUUUACUUGAGAAUCGACCCCCUCAGAGGUAAAGACUCCCUUUUGUCAUCACGUUUUGAUGUAUCAUCAUCGGUGAUUAUUUAUGCUGGCACGGUAUAGAAUCCGAGACACUAGCAAGGACGAGUAAUGAUGCUGCGUUUAUCACUCAGUGACGAUGGCAAGGUGGCACUUAAGUAACCACUGACAGAUGCAAGUAACAGUCCAAUCAAGCAUGAUACCGCUGAUUGAAACUGUUACAUGUACCUCUGAGGAAUUCCAAGACUGAAGGAUUCGGCUAAAUUUGAAGAAAGAGAAGACAAGAUCUGAUUCAAGUUGAAGUCAGCCGUCAAAGGUCCACGCCAAUAUUAGGCCUACAGCACUAUUUUUUUUAUAAUGGAUUUUGGCAGUAGUUUAAUGUUGGAAGACUGUCAUCAAUUUGCCUUUGCUAAAUCUCCAUAGGAUAUCACUGACAGCAACUCAUCACCGCCACUUACACCGUCACCGGGUAACGCCUCCUCCUCACGCCUUGCUCCGGGGAUUGACGACGGCCACGGGCGUUGCACUCAUCAGAUUCAUCAGAGUCAGAUUCUCGGAAGAUUGGCUUACCGGUACGGUACGGUCAGACUGCUUGCAAUUCGGCCGGGGUGACUUGACGAAACUGGAUUUACAUUGCCUAUUUUUGUUUAAACUGAUUUUAAGAUGCUGUAGUUGUUUAAGACGAUGGACGAAAUAACAGUGAAUAUGUCGGCGUUUGAGGACACACGAGAAAUGCAGCUAUAGCUUCGAGGAUAGUGUCUUCUUCCAAGACAACAAGAAGAGGAAAAACAGAAGAAAAGAAACAUGUGUAGGCUUCGGGAAACAGCCAGAUAUCUGUGGAGAAUGGUACGGGGAACAUGGUGCUGUGGGCUGCUUCUAGCAAGCCUCCAUCUAUCAGGGUGCUUCGCUUCCGAAAAGGCCGACGAACUCUUCUAUAAGUUGACCAACGAGAAUCACUACAACCCGCUGAUCCGACCGGUCUUCAACGAGUCUGAGGCGGUAAUGGUCAAGUUCGGCUUGUCCAUAUCACAACUCAUCGACGUUGACGAGAAGAACCAGAUCAUGACAACGAGCGUCUGGGUCAAACAUUCUUGGACGGACCGUCAUCUGACGUGGAACCCCGACGAGUAUGACGGAAUUACAUACAUACACAUCCCUUCAAGCCUCUUAUGGCGGCCAGAUAUACUUUUAUACAACAAUGCGGAUGGUUACUUCGAUGUGCGGUUUCUGGUCAAUGCAAUCGUCUAUCACGACGGCACCGUGCGCUGGCUGCCGCCGGCCAUAUACAAGAGCUCCUGUAAAAUCAACAUCGAGUUCUUCCCCUUCGACGAACAGGAGUGCCGAAUGAAAUUCGGGCCAUGGACCCACGAGAGCCGCAAGGUGGACAUGCUCGAUGAGCAGAACAUUGUAGACCAGGAGGAUUACUCUGAGAACGGGGAGUGGAAGAUCGUAGAAUCCCCCGCCAUCAGGCACAUCAUUGAGUACCCUUGCUGUGACGAAGCCUUCGUGGAUGUCACCUUCUACUUCAAGCUGCACCGGAAGCCCCUCUUCUACGUCGUCACCUUGGUCAUCCCCUGCAUUCUGAUAUCAUUCCUCACCAUCUUAGUCUUCUACCUGCCUGCUGACGCCCAAGAGAAGAUCACUCUGUCCAUCUCCAUCUUACUGGCCUUGAUUGUGUUCCUCCUUCUCAUCCCGUCCAUCAUUCCUCCCACCUCCACCACCCUGCCUCUGAUCGGCCGCUACAUGCUCUUCACUAUGGUGCUGGUAACCAUGUCCAUCACGGUCACCGUCGUGGUCAUCAACAUUCACUUCCGGAGUGCCAGGACUCACAUCAUGCCCAACUGGGUCCGGACGGUGUUCCUGUACUACCUGCCCAGGAUGCUCAACAUCCACCGGCCUGGAGGCCUGGAACUCCCGUCCGGCAAGAAGUACAAGUCCAUGACGAAAAACACGAACUACACGCCGGCCAGCUACAACGCCCCGCUGCGCGGCAAGUACUUUUACGACCGGAAGUUCAUGAGGUCGGGGGCUAAGUACAUGGUGAACACAAUCACGCCCUCGCUGCUGGAAGAGAUCCAGUUUCGAGACCGGCAGUAUUCGGACGCUAGUGACUCGAUGCCGUUGUCGAAGGAGUGUACGGAACUUAUCGAUCAUGUGGAAACCAUUGCCAAGCAUUUUCAAAUGGAGGAUGAACAUUACAAAGGAAUGGAAGAUUGGAAGUUCGUCGCCAUGGUGAUUGACCGAGUCUUUCUGUGGGUGUUUGCCAUCAUGUGUUUCUGCGGCUCGCUUGGUAUCAUCCUACGAUCACCUGUCUUCUGGGAAGGCCCUAACUUCCACCAAGCUUCAAACUACACCAAGCCUAUACGCCUCAACACAACGACAUAUGGCCGGCCGGAUAUCUCAUAGUCACCGUUUAAUCAUUCAUACUUCCGCUUGGGGGCGCCCUAGGCCCUGAUGUUUUCUAAUUCCCCGCAUGGUCGUUAGGUUUUUAUGAAAAUUAAGGAUCAGUUGACAUUAUUGAUCGAUAAGGGUAUCCGAUGAUUUUAUUGUCACGUGUAUUUCUGGCAUCCUGAAAUCACGUGAUUAUCCGGUCGCCAUUGAUUGGUUCAGUAUUAAAGUAACAGUUUGCAUGGAGCUACUGCCAUUGUAUAAUACACGUCUGGUUACUAGACAUUUUUAAGGAAGAAUGAGGCAUAUUAUGUUGACUAAAGAUUCAUUCAUUUAUUAAAAAAAAGAAAAAAACUCACACAGCUCUUCCACUUUUCAAUAAACGUUUGUACAGUAUAUAAUCCAGUUUAUAGUCGACUUUCCUGCUUGCAAUUUCGUUACGACAAGCAAAACGUUUAAACAUAAAACCCCGUAGUUAAAGUUGUAUUAAUGACCUAUUACGCCUUCAGGUAUAAAACGUCUGAUGACUCGAUGCUGUCGGUGUGUUGAAUAAUCUAUGGUGUGUGUUCAUACUUCACAAGUACAUAAUGAAAAGAAUCAUUAUUCGGAUGAUUGUUGUAAAAAAUACAGUGAGAAAAUCCAUGAAACUAUGAAGCGAAAUUUCCUUUACAAGUUUGCUGCACUUUUUGGCUUAUACACGUACACACGGAAAUUGUGCGUCUUCAUCAAUAGGCCUACAUUGCCUAUUUAUGUUUAUGAGCGAAACUCGUUUUGGAACAUUUUCAAGAACGCAUACAUUGUUUUGGGAUUUGCGGGAAAAAAUGUGUGUCAGAUAAGGCCAAAAAAAGAAAGUCUCCGGUUUCUGGUAU